UCUAAAUUAAUUGUGUUUAUUCUUCGUACCUUACGGUAGAGGACAACAGCAAAGAGAAGUUUGCAACUAUUCGGUGAAAUUUUCUAGUUUGCAUUUAUCAUGAAGAACUUUGUGGCACUGGUUCUAUUCGUAUCCCUCUUAUAUGUUUGUGAUUCCUCAAACUAUGAACAGGUUGAACACAAUUACGAGCAUGAUUUGGAUUUAGGUCCCGAUGGUUAUGUUAUGGGUUCUAUUUGGCCUAAACCGCAACAACAUACAAAAGGAAACGGCUUGUUUUCCCUUAGCCCCUUGACGUUUCAGUUUCAGUCAACCGGUGAAGAAAGUGAUGUUCUUUCAGCUGCUUUGAAGAGGUACAAGACUUUGACGUUUCCUGAUAAAAUUCCGCCGUGCAAUGUGCGUUAUCGACGAGACUUGUUAGCCCUCACGAGCUUAGUUGUAAACGUGAAAGAGAAGUACGCACCAAUGUCAUUCAAAAUGGACGAAUCAUACACGUUGAACGUAAGCUCACCUACUUCUAGCCUUAUUGCGAAUACAACUUGGGGCGCAUUGCGUGGUUUGGAAACGUUCAGUCAACUUGUCUAUCAAAAUGAGUUCGGUGACUUCCGUGCUCGUGAAGCGAAAAUUUUCGAUUAUCCUAGAUUUCAUUUUCGCGGUUUUCUCAUCGAUACGUCAAGACAUUACGUUGCAGUACCCGUAAUCCUUAGUCAUAUUGAUGCUAUGGCAUAUGGAAAAUACAAUGUGCUGCAUUGGCACAUCGUUGAUGAUCCCUCAUUUCCUUUUGUAAGCGAAACAUUCCCAAGUCUUAGCGAUACAGGCGCUUACAAUAAUGUCACGCAUAUUUAUGACCCUGAUGAUGUUGCUACUGUUAUCGAGUACGGUCGAAUGCGUGGCAUUCGGGUUGUACCCGAGUUCGAUACACCUGGACAUACCCAAUCGUGGGUAAGUAUCAAAAAUCUGCUAACUCCAUGUUACUCUGGAGGCGUCCCAACCGGCACAUAUGGACCCAUUAAUCCAACACUCAAGUCAACAUACACUUUCCUCAAGUCGUUUUUCAGCGAAAUAGCCAAGCGUUUUCCCGAUGAUUAUAUUCAUUUGGGAGGAGACGAAGUAUCAUUCAGCUGUUGGCAAAGUAAUCCGGAAAUUGCUGCGUGGAUGGAGAAGGCUGGAUUUGGCAAAAAUUUUUCCCUGCUUGAGCAGUACUACGAACAGAAUUUAAUCAAAAUCGUCGGUGACUUGAACAAGAAGUAUAUAAUUUGGCAAGAGGUAAUCGAUAAUCAAGUCACAGUAAACCCAGACACGGUCGUAAACAUUUGGAAAGGUGGCUGGCAAGCAGAAACGGCUAAGGUCACUGCAAAGAAUUUGAAUGUGGUCCUCUCCUCUCCGUGGUAUCUGAACUAUAUUUCUUAUGGCGAUGAUUGGCCAAAUUAUUACAAGGUUGAACCAACUGCGUUCACCGGAUCGAGCUCCCAGAAGGAGCUAAUACUUGGUGGAACGACAUGUAUGUGGGGUGAAUGGGUGGACGGCACAAACCUCCUAUCAAGAAGUUGGCCCAGAUCUUUGGCUAUUUCCGAGAGAUUAUGGAGUUCUAUAAGCACGACGGAUAUCAGUGAUGCUCAAGACCGUCUUAGAGAACAUCGAUGUCGUUAUUUGAUGCGUGGCAUACCAGCUCAAAACGGAGUUCAGACAAAAUACUGUCGUUAUGAAUGGCCCGGACCUGUAUAACAUAUUAUACAUAAUUACUAUUUAAAUUUAUGUUGAUUUAAUUCUGGGUGAUAAACUGAGUAGCGAAUUAAUUGGUGAUAAACAUGAAACUAAGUAUAAAGAAUUACUUACUGCAGUAGAUUUCAUUGAAAACUCAUUAAAACAUGUAACAAUAUGUAAUCGACAAUGCAAAAAUCAAGAUUUAUAGUAAUGUA